AUGAGUAGUCUGUUAUCACAGAUCCGCUCGUUGAUCCGUUCCGUAUCUACAGUUCGCAGUAAAGAUAAUACUUCGAAAUCAUUUCUAAAGAGAGUAAGACUAUGCCUGUUGACAGCUGUUGCUGGAUAUGACAACAAGCAUACAAAAUAUCAAACAAGGAUUCCACCUAAAUGGGUUUAUGGCGAUGAUGCUUGUUUCCUGUCAAUAACGGACUCUUCGUGCGUAUUAGGUGUCGCUGAUGGUGUUGGUGGCUGGCGGUCAUAUGGAGUUGAUCCUGGUCGAUUUUCCAGGGCAGUUAUGAAGAAUUGUGAGCGUCUUGUAAACUCAGGACGUUUUAUGCCCGAUAAACUGGAUAUUCUAAUAGCUCAGUGCUAUGAAGAUGUUCUGAAUUCUAAAGAACUUAUUUUAGGAAGUGCCACUUUAUGCAUUAUAUCCUUACAGCGAAAUGAACACAGAGUGUAUGGAGCUAGUUUGGGCGACAGUGGCUAUCUGGUCAUACGUGAGGGAAAUGUAAUUCAUCGAUCGGUUCAUCAAAAGCAUUCAUUUAACACGCCAUUCCAGUUGGCCUGUUUACCAAUAGUUCAUUCAAGGCAGUUUCACUGUGACUUGCCGAACCAAGCUGUUCAAACUAGUGUGGAAGUUAAACCUGGUGAUAUUAUAAUCGUUGGCACAGAUGGACUAUUUGAUAAUCUAACUGAACCAAUGAUAUUACAAGAAGUUAAAAAUAUUGAAUUGCUUGCAAAUUGUACAAUUGAAAGCCUGAAACAAUGUGCUAAACGUCUUGUGGAGCAGGCACGAAGCGCAGCAUUCGCUCCUGAUUUUGUCUCUCCAUUCGCUAGUGAAGCGCGUCGUUAUGGUAUCAAUAUAGCAGGUGGAGUCCCAGGUGACAUAACCGUCAUUUUGGGAUUAGUAAUUGAAGAGAAAUCAUCACCAUCAUUAGCGAACGAUGAUUUAUGCAGAGUUGGUAAGCAUAUUCGACAGUCACAACGGUCAAUGAAUUCUCAUUUAUCUACUAGACCAACUCGAAGUGUAUCAUGCUCUGAAUUAAACUGUGAUAGACUGUCCUCCUUUUCUUCCACUUCCUCCCCCACUAACAACUUCUCUUCAUCUUAUCCUCCAAAGUCUACUUCCUUUUUUACACAAUUAUCAUAAAAUAAUUCAUGUAAUUAAAACGCAUUUAGAGAUGCUUUGUUAUUUCCUUACAUGACAGAAAAAUCCGAUAUCUUUUCUUAUCCCACAGUUAUUUAUCUUAACUAUUUAUUUCUGAUGACUAAACCGUGUAAAGUGAGUAACGAGAAGAGGGUCAAAGUUGGCCAGUUUGCGGUGUAUUUUCAAAUGCUACUUUUACUCGCUGUUGAGUGUCGCAUGUAAGUAUAUGUAUACGAAUGGAAUUGUAAAUACUUUUAGACUGAACAAACAACGAAUCCCAUCAAACUGUGAAUGUCACAUUUUUAUCCUCCUUGAGAUUUUUUGGUACUCUUUGUUGAUACUGUAUAACCUAAUCCAGUAGUAAUUUCUAUUUUACUUUCAUUUAUAUUCACACAGUUAUCAAAAUGCUGUUCUGUUCAUGUAGUUUCAGUUCCCUCUUUUUUAAAUCUUCUAUUCUGAAGAUUUCUUCCUUUGAUUGUACAUAAAACAAAUAAUAAUACUCAUACUUUUACAGAUUAAAUUAUGAAAGCC